GUAGCCUCUCUCGGAGUCACCACAUUCACACUGUGCGCCCUCUGCAUCGACCGAUUUCGUGCCGCCACCAACGUGCAGAUGUAUUACGAAAUGAUCGAAAACUGCACCUCGACGACAGCCAAGCUGGCCGUCAUCUGGGUGGGCGCGCUGCUGCUGGCCUUGCCCGAGGUGGUGCUGCGCCAGCUGGCAAAGGAGGACCCCGAAUACAGCGGCAGCCCGCCGGGGGACCGGUGCGUGGUGAAGAUAUCCACCACGCUACCUGACACCAUCUACGUGUUAGCUCUCACUUACGAUGGGGCAAGACUGUGGUGGUACUUUGGCUGCUAUUUUUGUUUGCCUACCCUUUUCACUAUUACCUGCUCGCUGGUAACAGCGAGGAAAAUCAGGAGGGCCGAGAAGGCUUGCACGAGGGGGAACAAGCGACAAAUUCAGCUGGAAAGUCAGAUGAACUGCACAGUGGUGGCUUUGACCAUUUUAUAUGGGUUUUGCAUCAUUCCCGAAAACAUUUGCAACAUUGUGACUGCCUACAUGUCCACAGGGGUGUCUCGGCAGACUAUGGACCUCCUCCAUCUCAUUAGUCAGUUCCUUUUGUUCUUUAAGUCCUGUGUUACCCCAGUCCUCCUUUUCUGUCUCUGUAAACCUUUCAGCCGGGCCUUUAUGGAGUGUUGCUGUUGCUGCUGCGAUGAAUGCAUCCAGAAGUCCUCAACAGUGACGAGUGACGACAACGACAAUGAGUACACCACAGAACUGGAGCUCUCCCCUUUCAGUACCAUCCGUCGCGAAAUGUCCACUUUUGCCUCUGUGGGGACUCACUGUUAAUUGACCUUAGGACUUUAUUUCCUGUAUCUUUGUCUUUUUUUUUUUUUUUUUUUAAUACUUACUUUUCUUGUUGGAAGCAAAAUGCAAGGAAAAAAAAAAAGAUUAUCGAAAACUACUCUGGAAACCAAUUUGCAUAUUAACAGUCGUGCUUUGGAAAAUGAUUUGUUUGGUUAUUAAAAUGAAAGAAAGAGAAGGAGAGGCAGCACUCAGUUUUAAAUCAUGAUAUUUUGUAUGGUGCUAGGAUUUUAUUGUUUGGGGAGGAGAAUCCAUAUCAAUCCACUUUUAUUUAAUUCCAUAGUAUUUUUUUGAUAAUCACUGUAAAAUGAUUAUAUAGACAUUGUGGGUUUUGCAAGAUGUUUCAUGUAAAAGAUGUGGUGGAAAGUAUUUGAAGAUAGUUUUAAUCCAAUUACUGUAAACUAUUGUGAGAGGACUUGGACUUCAGAAAAUUUAUAAAGUAGCAUAAAAAUAAAUGAGGUUUUAUUCUUUAACUUCAUUGUCAAUCUGCAUUUAACAAGGGCACCUACAAGUAGUAUUAAAUUCCUUUAAUAAGUAAAAAAAAAAAUUUUGCAUAAAAUAAUUUAAAUGGCCAUAUUUAAUUUACCAUAAAUGCACUUACCCUUGGAGGCUAUAAUUACAGUGUCUAAGGAAGAUGGUUAUGCUGUUAGAUUUACAUGAGUGUGGGGGUUUUUUAAUGUACAUUACAAAGGUUCAGUGUACCUCAUUGAAAAUGUCCUUCUUAACCUACAGGUAUACAAAACCUGAGUUAUUUUGUACUUCUUACGAAGAAAGAUUUGCUUUCCCACUAAAGUUUGUCUUGUGUGGUUUCAAAAUCAAGUUUCUUUCCAAUUUGUUACUGGUUUUACAUUGAGCUUCUGUCCCCAGUCUCUGUAUAUAUAGCUCUUACUGGCUUCAGGGAGAGUCCCAUUGCAGAGCAAGGCAUUCUUUUGCCAGAGGUUUGCUGACAAUAAACGUGGGGGACUGAAACGUGGAGAGUUAAUUCC